AUGGCUGGAAUACAGAAUGGACCAAUUCCAACGAGAUUGAUUUUACUUUCCGAUCUCUCAAAAUGCCCGCCAGGGGAAAAGAUCCGUUUUCUGGGAUGCGUAACAAAUUACUCUACAAAAACAGCCAUCUUAACUCUGGAGCAUAAUCAUCCACCCGGAAACAAACUUAAGGCACUGGUGGACAUAACGCUCUUGGUCAACACUUUGAAAUCGAGCGAAACACGUAUUGGCGAAUGGGUCAAUGUCAUAGGUUAUACUCAAGUUCCACAGCAACGCCGAGCCAAUUAUACCAACUCUGACGAAUUGCAUGUCCAAGUGCAAGCCAUCGUUUUGUGGCCAUCCGGUCCACUGAAGCUUGAUGGGUAUGAGAGAAGUCUCGACCAGCAAAAAGCCGACCAAGAUCAGGAGAUCAUCUGUAGGGCUAGAUGAUAUCCGGUCCAAAUCAUGAAUGAUACCUGC